GAUUCGAUGCUAUACUGUGGCUCGGUCCCAAUUGGCAGCUGUGAAGCACCACGAGUAUCACAUUGCUUUGUAAUUUUAUAUUUCAUACGAUAAAAAACACAGAAGACAGUGAUUCAGUGAUUCAAACUCUGAGCUGCUUGCUUCAAUCGCCACUCUCCCAUGGAGUCCACAUUGUCUGCAGCGACACCGACAACGGUAGCUCUCCUCGCCGUCUCCAGAACCCUCAACAGUCGCCUCUCCCAGACUUUUCUCAGUCAACGCCUCCCGAGUCGUCUGCUAGCUCCCAGGCUCACUUCUUGCCUUCCCAGCAGCUACGGCUUUCAGAGGCCUAAUAGUCCCUUCUCUUCGUCCUCGCUGAGGAGCCUGUGCCUCGUUGACCCUGCGGGACGGUGCCGUUUAGGGUGCGUUGGGAGCUCCGCUGCGUCGUUUGCUUCCGGCGGUGGAAAUGGUGGCUUUGGCGGCGAGAGUGGCGGCAGCGGCGGUGACGGUGAGGGCGGUUCCGGCGGCGGUGAUGCGAAGUCAAAGGUGGUUGCUGCUGGGUGCGAUGAGAUUUCGGCGGUCUCGACUGAUGUCAUUGUUCUCGAUGUUGGAGGAAUGACAUGUGGGGGAUGUGCAGCCAGUGUGAAGCGAAUUCUAGAAAGUCAACCACAGGUGUCAUCUGCUAGUGUAAAUCUCACAACAGAGACAGCAGUUGUGUGGCCCGUGUCUGAAGCCAAGGUUACUUCGAACUGGCAGAAGCAGUUAGGAGAGACACUUGCCAAGCAUUUGACUAAUUGUGGUUUCAAGUCUAACCUUCGUGAUUCAGGAAAAGACAAUUUUCUCAAAGUUUUUGAAAGGAAAAUGGAAGAAAAGCGUAAACGCCUGAAAGAAAGUGGCAACGAGCUUGCUUUCUCUUGGGCUCUGUGUGCUGUCUGCCUAGUUGGCCAUCUCUCCCAUUUUUUUGGAGCUAAGGCGUCAUGGAUCCAUGCGCUUCAUUCGACAGGAUUCCAUCUGUCCUUAUGUCUAUUUACAUUGCUUGGUCCUGGGCGCCGACUUAUUGUUGAUGGUUUGAGGAGCCUUGUUAAAGGGGCUCCAAACAUGAAUACUUUGGUUGGUCUUGGGGCUUUAUCUUCAUUCACUGUCAGUUCAAUAGCUGCGUUUAUACCAAAGCUGGGAUGGAAGACUUUCUUCGAGGAACCAAUUAUGUUGAUAGCAUUUGUCUUGUUAGGGAGGAAUCUUGAACAAAGAGCUAAAAUCAAAGCAACCAGUGAUAUGACCGAACUUCUAAGUAUUAUACCGUCAAAAGCUCGUCUUUUGGUCAACAACAGUGCAAAAGAUUUGGAAUCAAUAGUUGAAGUUCCGUCUAACAGUCUCUCUGUUGGAGAUCAAAUUGUUGUACUACCUGGAGAACGUGUUCCAGUAGAUGGAAUUGUUAAAGCUGGUAGAAGCAUCAUUGAUGAAUCAAGUUUUACAGGAGAGCCAUUGCCAGUGACCAAACUACCUGGGAGUCAAGUUGCUGCCGGAAGCAUAAAUCUCAAUGGAACUCUUACGGUUGAAGUGCAGAGACCAGGUGGCGAGACUGCUAUGGCAGACAUUGUUCGUUUGGUAGAAGAAGCACAGAGUAGGGAAGCUCCUGUACAGCGCUUGGCUGACAAGGUGGCUGGGCAUUUUACAUAUGGAGUAAUGACACUCUCUGCUGCCACAUUUUUAUUCUGGAGCUUGAUUGGUGGUCAUAUUUUACCUGUUGCUUUUCACGGAGGAAAUUCAGUUUCAUUAGCAUUGCAACUCUCUUGCAGUGUUCUGGUUGUUGCUUGUCCAUGUGCCCUUGGGCUUGCCACACCUACAGCUGUGCUGGUUGGGACUUCAUUGGGAGCAAAAAGAGGACUGCUUUUGCGUGGUGGAAAUAUUUUAGAGAAGUUUUCAAUGGUGAACACUAUAGUGUUUGAUAAAACAGGGACUCUGACAAUGGGCAAACCUGUUGUGACAAAGAUUUUGACUCCUGAACGUUCAAAAGUUACUGACUUACAAGAAAAGUUUAACCAUACUUGGUCAGAAGUUGAUGUUCUGAAGUUUGCUGCUGGAGUAGAAUCAAAUACAGUUCAUCCUGUUGGGAAAGCUAUUGUGGAAGCUGCUCAGGCUGUUAAUUGCCAGAAUAUGAAGAUUGUAGAUGGAACAUUUUUGGAAGAACCUGGGUCUGGUGCUGUAGCAACUAUUGAGAACAAAAAGGUUUCUAUAGGAACUUUGGACUGGGUUCAAAGGCACGGAGUUAAUGAGAAUCCAUUUCAAGAAGUAGAAGCCCAUAAGAGUCAGUCUGUUGUUUAUGUUGGCAUUGAUAGUACUCUUGCUGGUCUUAUAUAUUUCGAGGAUCAGAUAAGGGAAGAUGCUGGACAAGUUGUUAAAUCUUUAUCUAAGCAAGGGAUAAAUGUAUACAUGCUAUCUGGGGACAAAAGAAAUAACGCAGAGUAUGUAGCAUCUGUUGUUGGUAUUCCGAAAGAGAAGGUGAUAUCUGGUGUUAAACCGAGGGAAAAGAAGAAGUUCAUAACAGAUCUUCAGAAGGAUCAAAACAUUGUAGCCAUGGUUGGUGAUGGAAUUAAUGAUGCUGCAGCAUUAGCUUCAUCACAUGUUGGAAUUGCCAUGGGUGGUGGUGUUGGAGCUGCUAGUGAGGUAUCCUCUAUUGUGCUACUGGGCAACAGACUUUCACAGGUACUUGAUGCUUUGGAGCUGAGCAGGCAAACCAUGAAGACUGUGAAGCAAAAUCUUUGGUGGGCUUUUGCAUACAAUAUUGUAGGACUUCCAAUUGCUGCUGGAGUGUUGCUGCCGGUAACUGGGACCAUGCUGACGCCGUCAAUUGCAGGAGCCCUCAUGGGCUUGAGUUCUGUCGGGGUUAUGGCAAAUUCAUUGUUUCUAAGAUACAAGUUUUCAUCAAAACAGGGGGUAAUAUAUAGUGGAUCUGCACACACGAAAACUAACGGGGAUUCCAAUCUUCUCAUGGACAAAAGUGCAGAAGAAGAUCCUCAUUCUGAUGGUAAAUGGAAAGGAUGAUAACACCAACAAAAAGAUAGGGUUCUACAUGUUCUACCACUAUAUGUGGAGCAGCCUGAUAACAUGGCAGCAGAUAGGGGUCCUAACCAAUUCAGUUAUCCCAAGAAUUCUGAAAGAUGGCCAAAGAACAAACACCAUACUGCCGUAUAAGUGAAUUUAGGAAUCUACUGCAGAACUGGAUAAAUUUUUUGAAGUUGCUUCCAUUUGAGUUGUGAUCGUAUUCUUCUCGGACCAUAUCUUUCAAUCCAGGAUGAGCGGCAGUUCAUCGGUGUUGCCAGUUUUACGUAAACAAUAUCCUUCAAUUCAACAGGGUAUUGCUAUCUUAAGUUGUACCUAGUGUGACUUAUGGGUUGUAUUCUCUCAGCAAUAUUUAAAACACAUUUUUGCCAAUACUUGGCCUUGCAUGGCAGACAUUAAAACAACAAAGUGCUAGAGGAAAUUAUUUGAGAGACAAUCUUCCAAUAUAUCCGCAAAUGCUCAUCUCUAAACUAUUGGCGCGAAAAACUAGUAGGAUGAAAGUUAAGGGUUAGUUUUCUGAAAAA